UAAAUAGCCUAGAGCCUACAUUAACGUUAGGUUAUCUACUUUGCAUGUUUUUUAAUUUAAUGCAGCUUGCUAAACUGUUAGGUUUUUUGUCUUGUAUAAGGUGUACUUUGCUGUAUAUGAGGCUGACCAAGUGGGAGACAUGUGCAGUCAAGUAGGUCAAUGCGCCGGCACCUGGGCGGUCGGAGCUUCCGUACCAGUCGCUCGCUCAUACAUUUGGCCGAUCAACAUUCACACCGCCUACAGCAGCCCCCCACUACACACACAAGGGCUUUUCUGGCAGCUUACUACGUCAUACGCGCGGACUGCUUACGGCCUGCUACACUGGCAGGGCGAGUCUCACACCACCACCGUGGCGUCGCUAAGUAACCUGGUCGACGAAUUGAAGAAAUCCUUCAACUUCCUCGACUCUCGCUUCACAACAACUUCUUCGUCAAGCGACACUGAAAACCAAAACACAAACGCGCUAUCGAAAGUGCUGCGCUCCCUACAGCAUCGCGGCUUCAACGACCUUGCCGAGUUCCUCACGAAUCCUCGCCUCGACGACCCUACCUACCUCACCACACUUGCUAUCGCACUAGCCUCCGUCAUCGUCACCAUGUCCUGGUUCUCCCGCACCGGCGGAAACUGGGGAGGACGGUUCUCGCCAUUUGGGCGUCCAGGCAACUCGCCAAACGCCGGCGUCGUCAACGACUCUGACUUUUCAUACAUCACCAACGAAGACCUGCGACGGAAUGGUCAAGCGCAAGCGCCCGAAAUCGUAGACUGGGAUGACAAGAACCCAGAACGGGAAACAGACGUUCUCAUCUUCAAGAACGGGCGCACACAUUACCCUACACACUUCCCCGCGCACAGCAUACGCGACGGAGACCUAAAGAUUGGUACAGUGCGACAGGCGGCAGCCAAGAAGCUGGGCGUCGAUGACCACAGGCGGAUACGCAUGUUCUACAAGGGCAGAAACCUGAAGCACGACGAGCGGACUGGACGAGAGGAAGGCCUCCGUGGCGACGGAACCGGUAGUGAGAUUCUAGUCACAGUGGGCGAAACCCCAGUCGGCGGCCUAGCACCUGGAUCAGAAGACGCCCCACAACACGCAUACAGCGAAGGAGAGGACGACGAUGACGACGAAGAUGAUGUCGACUCUGGCGCGAACACCACGGGCAAGAAGAAGUCCCGCAAGCGCGGCGGCAGGAAGAGCAAGAAGAAGGGCCCUUCCUCGGCAAACGCCUCUGGAACCUCAACACCCGGCUACACAACUGGCGGGGCAGGCGCAGAAUACCUCCCUAUUCCCUCGCAUAUCAACGCGGCCCCGCGCCCAAGUUCCACUCCUCCCCCUGCCAAACCCGCCGAGCCCCAAACCCCAAUCGGCAAACUCGAUGCCAUCGCCAGCAAGUUCCACACCGAAUUCGUACCUAUGUGCGUGCAAUUCAUGGCCAGCCCGCCAGCAGAUAAGGCGAAGAGGACAUUUGAAUACAAGAAGCUGAGUGAGACUAUCUUGACCCAGAUCAUCUUCAAGUUAGAUAGUGUCGAGACGGAAGGUGAUCCAGAGGCUAGGCUCAAGCGCAAGGCUCUCGUCAAGGAGGUCCAGGGCAUGUUGACAAGGCUGGAUGAGGCCGGAAAAGCAGGUUAAGCUGUGAUCGCAGACGAGAGGAAACAAGCUUGGGCACCUUUGCGUGAUGCUGUGAGGCGAGUAACUGGGUUCGUUAAUGGAGAUGUGCACGUGUAUGCUCCCCUUGCUGUCACUAUACUUUCUUCUCGGGUUUGCAUUAGUGAUAGAUAUCAAGGAGCAUCUAGCGAGCGGUGCUGAUGAGCGGCUAGCGAUCGAUUUGCGUAUUAACAUUAACGAAACUCUUCGCUCUAUUUUCUUCUUGUGUGAAGUGUCUGAUA